GAAGAGAGCAUUGUUUCUGGUACCAUGGACUUAACUAUCAUGCAAACUGCUUUCACAAAAUGAUGAUAGGACGAUUUUGUCACCUCUGAAUUUCCCUACAAGCACACUGAUUAGAGCACGUACUUUUGAACAGAUUCUCAUUUUAAAGAGAAAGUAAGAUAUUUGACAGUGCUUGCAUUAACCACCCCACUGUAGCCUAGUCAUCACCUCGGGAGUCUGGAUCUACUGACCAAUUUUAACACGUAUUUUCUGGAUAGGUAUUUAAUUCUGCAAAUAUCUGAACCAUUGGCUGUACAAUACUAGUAGGUCUACAAGUAUACUAGUAUGAUUUUAUGAGAAAAAAUAAAUCGCAGGCGCUUAUGGUCACCUAAAAAGGGUCCUUUCUCCAUGUAGCGAGUGUAGAGUUGACGUCAUUACCAGUUGAACACGAGCGUUCCUUGCUGUGCUUAACAACUGGAUAGAGUUGAGCAAGCUGAAUUUCACUCAUUCAAAAACGCUGCCCAGAUUUAUUUCCCGAGUUGUUACCUACCGCAACAUGGGUAAAAGAAACAGAGACAAACAACGAAAACAACAGCAGAGGGAUGGCAAACCUGCUGAUGACAGAGACAGAAAUAAUGCCGGUUGGGGUGCAGGUUACUCUGAAAUCAUCAAGGAAAACAAGCUGUUCGAGCAGUACUAUAAGGAGCUUAAGAUCGUGCCAGAUGGAGAGUUUGAGGAAUUUAUGGAUGCUAUGCGGGAACCUCUGCCUGCUACCAUACGCAUCACUGGAUAUAAAAGCCAUGCCAAAGAGAUCCUUCACACUCUGAAGGAAAAGUAUUUCAAGGAUAUUCAGGAUCUUGAAGUGGAUGGUCAGAAGAUAGAGGCCCCACAGCCUCUUAGUUGGUACCCUGAUGAGCUGGCGUGGCACACCAACCUGAGCAGGAAGAUUUUGCGCAAGUCUCCCCUGCUAGAGAAGUUCCACCAGUUUCUGGUCAGCGAAACAGAAUCGGGAAACAUAAGCAGACAAGAAGCUGUCAGUAUGCUCCCUCCUCUGCUUCUUAAAAUUGAGCCACACCACAAGAUCCUGGACAUGUGUGCUGCCCCAGGAUCCAAGACAUCUCAACUGAUUGAGAUGCUCCACUCCGACAUGGAUGUCGCGUUCCCUGAGGGCUUUGUGAUCGCUAACGACUCAGACAACAAGCGCUGCUACCUGCUGGUGCACCAGGCCAAGCGACUGAACAGCCCGUGCAUCAUGGUGGUCAACCACGACGCCUCCUGCAUGCCCCGUUUUCAAGUGGACAAGGAUGGCGGCAAGGAGACCCUAUUCUACGACCGCAUCCUCUGUGACGUGCCCUGCAGUGGCGAUGGGACGAUGCGGAAGAACAUUGACGUGUGGAAAAAAUGGACCACUAGCAACAGCCUGCACCUACAUGGGCUGCAGGUACGGAUAGCUGUGCGUGGGCUAGAGCAGCUAGCUGUUGGUGGGAGAAUGGUCUACUCCACCUGUUCCCUCAACCCCAUCGAGGACGAGGCAGUCAUCGCCACCCUGCUGGAGAGGAGUGAAGGUGCCUUAGAGCUGGCCGACGCCUCAGCUGACCUCCCUGGGCUCAAAUACAUGGCAGGAGUCACAUCAUGGAAGGUCAUGACCAAAGAGGGCCAGUGGUACUCCGACUGGUCCGAGGUGCCGGCCAAUAGACACACACAGAUCCGCCCCACUAUGUUCCCCCCGACAGACCCCGACAAGCUCAAGGACAUGCACCUCGAGAGAUGCAUGAGGGUCCUUCCUCAUCAUCAAAAUACCGGGGGUUUCUUUGUGGCAGUGCUGCUGAAGAAAUCUCCCAUGCCCUGGAACCGCCGUCAUCCACGGACCCGAAACAAGGAGAAGACCCAGGCCUCGUCGGCAGAGGCAGAAGUGGCACCAGAUGUGGACCAGCCGAUAGCGGACUCUCCCCCGAAUGAGGCCCCUGAGGCAGAGGGAGAGGCCCCCUCAGAGCUCACCUCCUCCGAGACCCCUGCUGCCCCCACAGCCGCGCAACAGGAACCUGCCGCCAACAAAGACGGAGUGUGUUGUCCUCCACCUUCAAAGAAGAUGAGGCUGUUUGGCUUCAAAGAAGACCCCUUUGUGUUUCUGACAGAGGAUGACCCUGUAUUCCCCCCAAUCCAAGCCUUCUAUGAUUUGUCCCCAGACUUCCCCAAGCUGAAUGUGCUGACCAGGACCCACGAGGGAAAGAAGAGGCAUCUGUACAUGGUGUCCAAGGAGCUGCGCAACGUGCUGAUCAACAACAGCGAGAGGAUGAAGGUCAUUAACACAGGGGUGAAGGUCUGGUCUCGGAACAACGACGGUGAGGAGUUUGGCUGUGCCUUCCGUCUGGCCCAGGAGGGCAUCUACACGCUGUUCCCCUACAUCCAUGCGCGGCGCAUCACCAUCAGUGUGGAGGACGUGAAGGUGCUGCUCACAGAGGAGAACCCCUUUCUCAGCAAGCUGAGCAACAGUGCACACGAGCAGGCCAAGAAGCUGCAAAUGGGAAGCAUCGUCCUGAGGUAUCAGCCAGAUCCAAAUAACCCAGACCUGCCCCAGUGCCCCAUCGAGCUGUGCGGCUGGCGAGGCAAGACGUCCAUACGGGCCUUCGUCCCACGCAACGAGCGCCUGCACUACCUGCGCAUGGUCGGCGUGGAGGUGUUCCUCAACAAGCAGGGUCGGAGCCGGGGGGACGACGCGCCCCCCGAAGCCCAAGAGGGGAACACCGCCGACGGGGACGCCAAGAGCCAGGAAGGGUACCUCUGGAGGAUAAGCAGGCUGCCACAGGUGAAGAGAAUAGAUCCAGCGCCAACGGCGCCGAACCUGUGAGCAGCUGAACUGGGAGAGAGAAAUGGAGGGAGGAAGCGGAGGAUGAGAGAAAGGAGAGAGAGAGGACGAGGGGCUUCUUGGCUUUUAGAGGUGUUGAAGUAGCAGAACUGGCAUCCAGCCAAAGUGCUGUGCUGGAGGAGGAGAAUGAGCGCCUGCCUGCAAUGUUACAGCCCCUUUUCCUUGUACACUCUUGAUUCCUUGGAAUCGUCACUUAGAGAGAGAAAAAAUGACUUAUUUUAUAUGGCCUUUUUUAAUGAGGGGAUUUAGAGGCAUCUGUGCCUUGUUUUAUCCUUUGUUUAAUUGUGUUUUGUUGUCAUAUUUUAAGUUAAAUGAAUUCUUUUUAUAUAAGAAGACAUUCAGAACUUCAGCGUAGUGCCACUAAACACAAUUAAUAAAGACUGCUGUUCUGUGCAGACACAGCUUAAACUGAAUUAUUCACUUGCCAUAUUUCAUGUUUUUUUUUCUUGCAGAUGCUUUAUUAAGAAAAUACUUCAAAUAAACAAUCAUAUGUUUCA